AUGACAGAAUCUUGCCGACCGGCUGAAAAUGAGAUAACUAUUAAUUUGAUUAUUUAUAUUAUUCAAGGGAUUUAUGGAAUAUCAUCGUGUAUAGUUUAUUUUUUAAAUAUCAAAGCUCUACAUUAUCAUCGCAACAAUUUAGAUCGAACAUUUUCAUUGUUAUAUACUUCGUGUGCUGCUAUGGUGAGCUAGUUUUUAAUUAAAAAUUUAAUUAGAAUAAUUAAUUUUCAGAGUAUAUUAUAUUUUUUGGAUCAUUAUUUGAUUCGAAGAUUUGUAAAACUUGGUUAUUUUUGUGAGGAAAUAUUGGAAGCUUUUUCGGAGCCAACUUAUUUUUUGAAUCCAUAUAAAACAAUUUCAUCUUAUUGUCCAAUUGUUAUUUUGGUUUUUCAUUGUUUAAUUGCAAUUCAUCGAUUUUGUGUGGUUGCAAUGCCGGUUAAAGGAGUUCAGGUGAGAAUUUGGUGAAAUCAUUUUGAAAAAAAAGUUACAAAUGUUUGAAACUAUUAAUUAUUCUCUCCCUAGAAAAUACGUAUUCUCAAAUUUUUGAAUACUUUUUUAGUAGAAGUUUUUCAAAAUUCACAUUAUUUAAAGUUUUCAUUUUGAAAUCACAUAUUAUUUUGUCCAGUAUUCAGGAAAGCCACAAAAUUUGAAAAAAUGAUUUCACGACUUUUUUGAGAUGUUUCCUUAAAUUUCUAAAUGAACAUUAAAUUUUUAUGAAACUUCCAAAAUUGUCCUACUUUACUGAAUAUCGUAAGAUCAAUAAUGUUUCUUGAUCUUCAUUUUUCUCUCCCACAAAAAAUCAAAUAAUUUCCCUGCGCUUAUUCAAUCACAUUACAUUACUCUCUCGAUUUACAUCAUAAUAGUUUUUCUUAUUUUCAGCACCAAUUUUUGAGCUACAUUCUAAUCUUAAUCUAAUAACCUCAUUAUUUUCCGUAUUUCCAGGUAUGGGACAAAUAUCGGCGUGUUUUUACAUUAAUCGGUUAUCUAAUUCCAUUAUUUUUUAUGUGGUUUAUGAUUCCAUGUAAAAGUUAUGCAGAAGUUGAUACUGAAGGAAUUGGUGGAUUAGAUAUUGAAUAUGUUAAGGUUUUCUCAUUAAGUUCGUCAUUUUUUGCCGCUUGGGCAGCUGCAAUUUUCGGAGUUUUGACACUUGGUUUCACUAUUUGGAUGUUGAUUUUGUUGUCGAAAAUGAGUUUUAGGAAAAUGAAAUCGACUGAAGCUUCGUUGAUUAUUUUUGAGGUUUUUAUGACGGCUUCUACGAUGGUUUAUGCAUUUACAGAGGUAUUUGAGAAAGAGAGAUGGUCGCAAAAAUUUUGAAUAGAAAAAACUACUUUGAAAUUUUUAAAACUUGGAAAAAAGUAAUUUUGAACGUGAAUUUUUUUAAUUUUUCAAAUAAUCAAGUUCUGAAUUUUUCCGAAUUAAAAAAAAUUAUUUCAUAAUUAAAAAAUCUGGGAUUCGAUCUUGAAAAAAAAACAGAAAAAUUGUUUUUUUUUGUCAACUAACAAUACAAUUCAAAAAAUAUCUGAAAAAUUAUAAUUUUUCUGAAACAGUGAAAUUUUUAAAAAAUUUGAGAAUAACUCAAUUUUUUUAAAUUAAUAAAAUUUCGAGCGUGACCCACUCAAAAAUCUGGGAAUUAAUUUCCAGAAAAUACUCUGAUUGUUAACAAAAAUUUUCGAUGUCUGAAAAUUGAGAUUUUUCAGUUGAAAAACGUUUUUCCCCAAAAACUAACUACAAAACCGUUGUUUUGCAGGCAAUGCUCUAUUAUUCAAUCCACGUGCUCGCCAACAAAGAACUCAAGGCAACCAUAAUUCAUUAUCGUAAUUUCGCAAUUGAUAUUUUCAUUUUACCGCAAGCGUGGACCCUUUUAUUUCUAUCAAAAACGGUUAGAAACGCCAUUUUUUCGUCCCCAAAAACAAUAAUAAUUGUCUAGGUUCGCCUAUAUUUAUUUCGUUUUUGUGGUCGAAAAAUUGGCAUGAAUUUUUCGUCAUCAAAUGAUUAUAAUAAUAGUAAUCGAAAAAUCACACGAGUUGCUUCUUCAUUUAUUCCAAAUCCUGAUAUGUUGAAAACAUGA